UUUCUCAGAGAAGGAGAGAUUUGAUUUCCCCGAUAGGGACUUGUUAAGGACACAAACAUACCGUCUUCUCCUCUGUUUUAACCCUCCCACUUCAUAAACCGCUUUAUAUUACCCUCUUCCAUCGCCCCUCUUCUCUUCAACCUUCAUCAAUAUCCCUCUCCCAAUCCAUGGCUAGAACCCCUGUUUUCUCCCGCCGCCGGAGGUCCGAUCAAAUUGACACUCGAGAUCGCUUCCCCACUUCUGAUUCUGAAGUCCAUGUUCUCGCCGUCGAUGAUAGCCUCGUCGACCGAAAAGUAAUCGAGCGGCUCCUCCGCCUCACCGCCUGCCGAGUUACUGCUGUGGAUAGUGGAAUCAGAGCUCUACAAUAUCUUGGAUUGCAAGAUGAGACGAAUUCCCAAGUGGGUUUUGAUAGCUUGAAGGUGGAUAUGAUCAUUACCGACUACUGUAUGCCCGGAAUGACAGGCUACGAAUUGCUCAAGAAAAUAAAGGAAUCUUCAACUCUGCGAGAGAUUCCGGUGGUGAUUAUGUCGUCGGAAAACGUGGUGGCGAGGAUAGACAGGUGUUUGGAGGAAGGAGCAGAGGAUUUCAUAGUAAAGCCGGUGAAAUUAUCAGAUGUGAAACGGCUCAGGGAAUAUAUGGUGGGGGACGAAAAGACCGGAAGUGAAAUAAAUUGGAUGAACAAAAGGACGGUACGAGAGUCGUCGUGUGAUGAAGCCUCAUCAUCACCGUCUAUUUCAUCCGAUUCUUCUCCACCAUCAUCAUCACCGUCCAUUUCAUCCGAUUCUUCUCCAUCGUCUUCAUCACCGUCAGAUUCGGUUCAAUCCACGCCGUCCCCAUCAGAGCCGUCUUCACCGACGUCCACCCAAUCCGACGACGGCUCUAAAUGAGAACAUCAGCUCAUCAUCCCCAAACAUCUUCCUCCUCUUUGUUAGUUUUAACGGUUAUUAGUUUGAAAUCCCAGUUUUGUCA